AUGCACUCAAGGUACCUUGUCUCUGGUCUUCCCAGAGUUCUUCCUCCCUUGCCACCCUCGCCUGCUCCUCCCUGUCUUCCCUGUAUCGAGGGGCGGCAGCGCGCCGCUCCUCACUCCUCCUCGUUCCCUCCCACAGAGGCUCCCCUGCGGACUCUCCACCUGGACGUAUGGGGCCCCGCCCGCGUCCGGGGACAGGGCCACGAGCGGUACUUUCUGCUGGUCGUCGACGACUACACGCGCUACACCACGGUCUUCCCCUUCUGUACCAAGGGUGAGGUCCCUGAUGUCUGGAUCCCCUGGAUCCGCGCUGCUCGUCUCCAGCUCCGCCAGCGGUUCCAGUCGGACUUUCCUGUCCUACGUCUGCACUCUGACAGAGGUGGCGAGUUUUCCUCUGACCACUUGGCAGCCUACUGUGCGGAGCACGGCAUCCGCCAGACGUUCACUCUCCCGGCCUCUCCGCAGCAGAAUGGGGUUGCUGAGCGCCGCAUUGGUCUUGUCAUGGAGGUCGCUCGUACCUCCAUGAUCUAUGCGGCUGCCUCCCAUUUCCUGUGGCCGUUUGCAGUGCAAUACGCCGCGCAUCAACUCAACCUCUGGCCCCGUGUCUCCGUUCCGGAGACCUCGCCCACCCUGCGUUGGACGGGGGAGGUUGGUGAAGCGUCGGUAUUCCGCGUCUGGGGAUGUCGAGCUUUUGUCCGCGAUACGUCCGCGGACAAGCUCUCCUCCCGUGCCGUUCCCUGUGUCUUCCUUGGCUUUGUCCUUGACGCGCCUGGCUGGCAGUUUUACCACCCCACCUCGCGUCAUGUCUUCGCCUCUCAGGACGUCACCUUUGACGAGUCGGUACCCUUUUACCGUGUUUCCCAGGUAGACCCGGUCGAGCCUGUCGAGGUAGCUGUUGACUCUAGUCCUGCGCGAGGUACUGAGCGUGCUGAGCCUGGUGGUGCUGGGUGUGGGGGCACUGAGCCUGGGGGUGCUGAGCCUGGGAGUGCGGAGACUGGGGGUGCUGAGCCUAGGGGUGCAGAGACUGCGGGUGCUGAGCUUGGGGGUGUGGUGACUGGGGGUGCUGAGUCUGGGGGUGCUAAGACUGGGGGUGCUGAGACUGGGGGUGUUGAGCCUGGUGGCACUCCCUCUUCGCAGCAGCUGCGUGCAGUGCGGCAACCAGAGCCUCCCUCCCCUCAGCAGCUACGUGAGUGGUACGCUCGGUGCUGCAGCCUCACGAGAGGAGCUCCUGGUGUUGAGGUACCGCCGGCUGGAGGCGCUGCUGGUGCUGGUUCAGCUAGUGGUUCUGGUGCUACAGGAGGUGGUGCUGGUGCUGCUGGCGGUUCUGGAGCUGCUGGAGGUGCUGCCGGUGCUGCAGGAGGCUCUGGAGCUGCUGGAGGUGCUGCUGGUGCUGGUUCAGCUGGUGGUUCAGGUGCUGUCUCUGCUGCUUCUGGGGGCACUUCGCGGCUGCGGCCGUACUUCGUUCCGCUCCUUCAACAGGUUCUUGGUCUGCCGCCUCCUCCUAGUCCUCCUCCCUCCUUAGAGUGUCCUCCGCCUGUGCAGUCGCAGUCCCAGCUCCCGCCUGCCUCGCCACUUCCUGGUCCUUCUCCCUACACUGGUCCUACAGGCGGUCUUACCGAGCGUUGUGAGCCUGAGUCUCGUCCUGUGUCGCCUGUUUCUCGUCCUAUGUCACCUGUUCGUGCUGCUCGCACUGGACGUCAUGGUCACCGUGAGCGUCCUCCACCUGUGCCUGGCACAAACUUUAUGACUCUGCGUCCUUCCACUGCUCCACAGCGUGUCCCUUUGCCGUCUCCUACUGAGUCCUCUCUUCCUAUCCUUGCUGACCCGGAGUCUGACUCUCUUCGUGCUGCUAGUCCUACAGCCACGCGUCUCCUGGCCACUGCUGUCACUGACCCUUCCUUUGAGUCUGCUGCUGCGUCUGCCCUAGUUGCUGAGCUUCUGGACUUUGUUGCUCACUGUCAUCUAGACUACGCUGCGAGUCUUGUUGCUGAGUCUGAGUCUGUCUGUCCUCCGUCCGUCGGGGGUGAGUGUGCUCUAGGCACUGACGUCCUUGAGGAUAGACAAGAGGACCUUGAGUGUCUUGCAGCCGCUGCGCCUCAUCUCGUGUCCAUGCUGAUUGCCCCUGAGGGAGACCCGGAUGCUCCAGACAUCCCGACUCCGCGCUCUUACGCUGAGGCGAUCGCGGGUGAGUACUCCUCUCAGUGGCUGAUAGCUAUGGACGCAGAGAUGGCAUCCUGGAAGUCCACAGGCACUUACGUCGACGAGGUUCCCCCUCCUAGGGCGAACAUCGUCAGUGGCAUGUGGAUUUUCAGGGUGAAGCGGCCGCCGGGUUCUCCACCUGUCUUCAAGGCUCGUUACGUCGCUCGAGGCUUCAGUCAGCGAGAGGGAGUAGACUUCUUUCUGACGUUCUCCCCCACCCCGAAGAUGACCACUCUUCGGGUGCUACUGCACGUUGCUGCUCAGCGUGACUACGAGCUUCACUCUCUUGACUUCAGCACAGCUUUCUUGCAGGGCACCCUGCACGAGGAGAUCUGGCUGCGCCGCCCUCCUGGCUUCACUGGGUUGUUUCCUCCCAGUACCCAGUGGAGCCUCCGGCGCCCGGUCUACGGUCUCCGCCAGGCGCCACGUGAGUGGCACGACACACUGAGGACUACUCUUGCGGCACUUGGGUUCGCGCCUUCUACUGCUGACCCGUCGCUGUUUCUACGCACCGACACUUCACUGCCGCCGUUCUACAUCCUCGUGUACGUCGAUGACUUGGUCUUUGCCACUGCUGACACUGAGGCUCUCGCCCACGUGAAGUCGGAGCUGCAGAAGAGACACACGUGCACAGACCUGGGUGAACUGCGCAGCUACCUUGGCUUGCAGAUCAACCGGGACAGAGCACGCCGCACCAUCACACUGACUCAUUCACACAUGGUGCAGCAGGUCCUUCAGCGCUUCGGCUUCACCUGGUCCUUAACACAGGCUACUCCUAUGGCUAUAGGUCACUCUCUCUCAGCUCUGCCUUCGGAUGAGUCCGUAGAGCCGAGUGGUCCUUACCCAGAGCUAGUUGGUUGCCUCAAAUACCUGAUGACUUGCACUCGUCGUGACCUAGCGUACCCUCUUGGCCUUUUGGCCCGCUACGUGGCUCCUGGCAGGCACCGAAAGGUGCACUGGGAUGCUGCAAAGAGGGUAUUGAGCUACUUGUGUAGUACAUCGGGCAUGGGGCUCGUGCUUGGAGGAGGGAGCUCAGUUGUUCUCAUUGGGCACUCAGACGCUUCUUGGGUUGACGACCAGGCUACUCAGCGGUCGUCACAGGGUUACACCUUCAGCCUUGGCUCUAGCUCAGUUUCGUGGCGUUCUACGCGUUCGUCUUCAGUUCUCAGCUCCAGUUGUGAGGCUGAGAUCUACGCCACAGCCAUGGCUGCACAGGAGUUACACUGGCUCUCCUACCUGCUGACCGACCUAGGAGAUCGGCCUCGUUCUCCUCCAGUGCUGUACGUCGACAACAAGGCGGCCAUUGCAUUGUGUCACGAGCACAGACUGGAGCACAGAACAAAGCACAUCGCUCUACGUUACUUUCUGGCUCGAGAGCUGCAGCAGUGCGGUCAGCUUCGUCUGCGUUACGUGGCCACUUAG